AUGGCGCAUGCGAUUGGCAUGCAACGGGAGCUUCGGCGGGGAGACGUUGACGACAUCGAAGAACGCAAGCGAGUAUGGUGGACAAUCUACACAUGGGAUCGAUUCGCGUCUAUAACCUACGGCACACCAUUAGGCAUCAAUGACAAGGACUGCAAUUUAGGCAUGCCCGCAGACAUUUACGAAAAUCCCUCAUUCAGUGUCCCGGGCUCUGAGCGUUCGGUGUCUGUCUGCUAUUCGCCUUACCAACGAGAACUGAACCGUUUGUAUCUCAUUGCCUCCCCGGCGCUGGAGAUCAUCUUCGGCUCCCGCACUUCAAGGACGUCUCAAGACCUGGUUCGCGAUUGUUUUGUGACUCUGGUGCAGGAGACUUCAGAAAAGCUCCAUUCAUGGCGACACUGCCUGCCGAGCCAUUUGAUCCUCGAUCUUCAGCAGGACUUCUGCGCUAGCGGUGAACAGAGCUCCAAAGCCUACGCUCUACAAGCCCUUUCGCUUCACCUGACGUAUGACAAUAUCUUGAUCGUCCUUUACCGUCCUUUGAUCUCAAGGCAGGUAGAUCAUCUCUGGAUGAGCAAUUUGUCACCGGGGAUUGAAGAUCUCUGUUCAAACUCCUUUGCAUCAGCAGCCGCACCAAACUCACACAGAAGAACUCCUAUAUUGGCCAGCACAGCCAAUUCAGACUUGUGGAUGAAAGCCGCCAUUCGGACAUCAAGAAUAACCGAGCUGCCAGUGCUUGCCCAACUUGCGACCGACAGUCAUUUGGUCGCAUUUUUAGCCAUCAACCUGUUCAAUGCCGCUGUCGUCUUGGCCGUAAUGGCCAUAUCAGAGCCACUAUCCGAUGCAGCUCAAGAGGUCAAGCGUACAAUGACCCGCAUUCUUCGUCUACAGGAACUGUUGGGAAAGCGCUCCGCUCUCUCUAGGCAGAGUACACAGGUCCUGAAGAAGGUGGUCACUAUGCUUCUGCGCCGGGAGUCGGCCGCAAUGCUCGCACCUUUUGCGGAAACCAGUACAUUUAUGGAAUAUGACACCAAUCCGGACCGAAAUAUGCCAGGUCUGCCUCCCAUGUCUGUCGAAGAGACGCUGCGGUUGCCCUUGAAAGCAACUUUGGACAUGGUGGAUCCCCUGAUAGGGAGUCAGGGCAGCUCUAAUCUUGGUCGUGCCAGUCGCGUCAAUGAAAGUCUGACUUCCGUUCAAUAUGUCAUGGUUCCUGGCCAGGACUACACUCUACAUGUUCCAGUGCUGGGAGAAAAUCAGCGCACUCAAUUGCCCACUCAUACCGAGAACGGCUUGUACUGGCUUUGGGAUACCACAUGGAAUGGACUUUGA